GCUUUGGACCCGCAGGGGCCUGAACGCUUCGUCUCAGACACUUAACCGUUUCCACAGGACACGUUUUGAAUUGUUUCAUUUUUGGAGGAAUUUACAGGGAAACAGCCGAAAAGCGGUCUUCGGUCACAGUCAAACUCUGACAUCGUUAAGCGAAAUUUGGAUGCUUGAAUAAAAGUUCUGCCCUUUCUGGAUAGAAUCCAAGAAACGUCCACGCCAGCGCUUAAAAAGCCCACGGUCUACACGAGCUAACACACAAUGCCAGGGUCAGUGAGACUUAAAAGCAUCAAGAAAAUUGGACAGGAUAACAACGGAUAUCAGUUCUCUGAUGAGGAAACAAAUGGUGUCUAUAUGACAAUGACAUCAAGCACGAAUGACAAGUCUAAAAAGGACAAAAAAGAGGAGGCUGCCAUCCGGAUCGGCUUCUUUCAACUGUUCCGCUUCGCCAGCUGCCGGGAGAUCUGGAUGAUGAUCGUCGGAAGUGUGUGCGCGGUGCUUCACGGGUCGGCGCAGCCGUUGAUGUUGCUGGUGUUCGGGAUGCUUACGGACACGUUCAUUGAGUACGAUAUUGAACUGAACGAGCUGCAGGACCCGAACAAGCACUGCGUGAAUAACACUAUCCGCUUUAAAAACCUGACAGAUGAGGAAAACGAUGAUCUGAACAUGACACGAGUUUGUGGGAUUCUGGACAUUGAAUAUGAGAUGACCAACUUUGCAUACUACUACGUUGGUAUUGGAGCUGCCGUCUGUUUUCUCGGGUACUGCCAAAUUUCUCUAUGGGUGACCGCGGCGGCGCGUCAGAUCCAGAUUAUCCGCAUGUUGUAUUUUAGAAAAGUUAUGAGAAUGGAGAUCGGCUGGUUCGACUGCACAUCUGUUGGCGAACUGAACACUCGCAUGUCCGAUGACAUCAACAAAAUAAACGACGCCAUCGCGGAUCAGGUGAGCAUUUUCAUCCAGCGAUUCACGACGUUUGUUUGCGGCUUUCUCAUGGGCUUCGUCAAAGGAUGGAAACUCACGCUGGUCAUCAUCGCAGUGUCCCCUCUGAUCGGUGUGGGAGCUGCCCUUAUGGCUCUGUUUGUGGCUAAGUUGACGGGCCAGGAGCUCCAGGCGUACGCUAAGGCGGGCGCGGUGGCCGACGAGGUCCUGUCCUCCAUCCGAACGGUGGCGGCUUUUGGUGGAGAGAAGAAAGAAGUGGAGAGGUAUGACCGUAACCUGGUGUCUGCCCAGCGCUGGGGCAUAAGGAAAGGGUUAAUCAUGGGCUUCUUCACUGGAUACAUGUGGUUCAUUAUCUUCCUGUGUUAUGCUCUGGCCUUCUGGUACGGCUCCAGUCUGGUACUGGAUACUGUCGAGUACAGCCCAGGAACACUGCUCCAGGUGUUUUUUGGGGUGCUCAUCGCAGCCUUGAACCUGGGCCAGGCAUCUCCCUGUCUGGAGGCGUUUGCUGCUGGACGAGGGGCUGCCACCAUCAUCUUUGAGACGAUUGAUCGCGAGCCAGAGAUUGACUGUAUGUCUGAGGCUGGUUACAAACUGGAUAAAGUCAAGGGAGAUCUGGAGUUUCACAACGUCACUUUCCACUACCCCUCCAGACCUGAAGUCAAGAUCCUGGAUCAGCUGAGCCUGCAGGUGAAGUCGGGAGAGACGACAGCGUUUGUCGGGCCCAGUGGAGCAGGGAAGAGCACGGCCAUACAGCUCAUCCAGCGGUUUUAUGAUCCUAAAGAAGGAAUGGUGACUCUGGACGGUCAUGACAUUCGUGGACUGAAUAUCCAGUGGCUGCGUUCUCUGAUCGGGAUCGUGGAACAGGAACCGGUUCUCUUCGCCACCACCAUCGCUGAGAACAUCCGCUACGGCCGACCUGGGGUCUCCCACGAUGACAUCAUCAAAGCUACCAAAGAGGCAAACGCCUACAACUUCAUCAUGGAUCUGCCUCAGAAAUUCGACACGCUGGUCGGGGAGGGCGGAGGCCAGAUGAGUGGCGGGCAGAAGCAGCGAAUCGCCAUCGCGAGAGCUCUGGUCCGUAAUCCUAAGAUCCUCCUACUGGACAUGGCCACCUCAGCUUUAGACAACGAGAGUGAGGCUGUGGUACAGGAGGCCCUGGACAAGGUACGUAUGGGUCGGACGACCAUCUCCAUCGCGCACCGUUUGUCCACGAUAAAGAACGCAGACGUGAUUGUGGGCUUUGAGCACGGUCGAGCGGUGGAGAGAGGCAAACAUGAUGAACUGCUGGAGAGAAAGGGGGUGUAUUUCACCCUGGUCACCCUACAGAGUCAAGGAGACAAAGCCCUCAACCAGAAAGCCCGGCAGAUGGAGGGAGAGGAGGCGGAGAAGAAGAGUCUGUCUCGGGCUGGAAGUUAUCGCGCCAGCCUCAGGGCUUCCAUUCGUCAGAGGUCUCGUUCCCAGUUAUCUAAUGUUAUUCCGGAAUCCUCCGUGCCCAUCGCGGGAGAGCUGGGUCCCAGGUCAUAUUCCGAAUCCUACUCAUCCGGCCAAACCAAGGAAAAGAAGGCAGGGCGUGAUGAUGAUGAUGAUGAUGAUGAAGUCAUUGAGCCAGCUCCAGUGGCUCGUAUUCUGAAGUAUAACGCUCCGGAGUGGCCGUACAUGCUGUUUGGUUCGAUCGGAGCUGCUGUUAACGGAGGGGUUAACCCCGUCUACUCCCUCCUGUUCAGUCAGAUCCUGGCGACAUUCUCCAUGCCUGACCCUGUGGAGCAGAGGAAACAGAUUGAUGGGAUCUGUCUGUUUUUCGUCCUGGUCGGCCUGAUCUCUUUCUUCACACAGAUGUUACAGGGCUAUGCUUUCUCUAAGUCGGGGGAGUUGCUGACACGCAGGCUGAGGCGUUUGGGCUUCCAUGCCAUGCUGGGACAGGAGAUCGGCUGGUUCGACGACCACAGAAACAGCCCUGGGGCCCUGACCACGCGCCUGGCCACGGACGCCUCGCAGGUCCAGGGGGCGACGGGCUCCCAGAUCGGGAUGAUCGUGAACUCCCUCACCAACAUCGGCGUGGCCAUCAUCAUCUCUUUCUACUUCAGCUGGAAACUCACCAUGGUCAUCAUGUGCUUCCUGCCUUUUCUGGCUCUUUCCGGAGGCUUCCAGGCCAAGAUGCUUACCGGCUUCGCCAAGCAGGACAAACAAGCCAUGGAAGCGGCUGGACAGAUAUCUGGGGAAGCUCUGAAUAAUAUCAGGACCAUUGCUGGGCUGGGGAAAGAGAAGAAUUUUGUGGAGAUGUAUGAGGCUCAGCUGGACGCCCCGUACCAAGCCGCUCUGAAGAAGGCCAACGUCUACGGAAUCUGUUACGGGUUCGCCCAGUGCAUAGUCUUCCUCGCAAACUCCGCCUCCUACCGUUUCGGUGGCUACCUGGUGCGACAGGAGGGGCUUCACUUCAGUCUCGUCUUCAGGGUAAUCUCCGCUAUAGUGACCAGUGGUACGGCCCUUGGUCGAGCCUCGUCGUACACGCCCGACUACGCCAAGGCCAAGAUCUCCGCCGCCCGCUUCUUCGAACUGCUCGACCGCGUUCCCAAAAUCAGCGUUUACAGCAACGAGGGCGACAAAUGGGAUAACUUUAAGGGAGAUCUAGACUUUAUUGACUGUAAGUUCACGUACCCGACCCGACCAGACAUCCAGGUUCUGAACGGGCUGAGUGUGAGUGUGAAGCCAGGCCAGACACUGGCCUUUGUGGGCAGCAGCGGCUGUGGGAAAAGCACCAGCGUCCAGUUACUGGAGAGGUUUUAUGACCCUGACUAUGGCAGAGUGCUAAUCGACGGACAUGACUCAACACGCGUCAACGUUCAGUUCCUGCGCUCGAAGAUCGGGAUCGUGUCCCAGGAGCCUAUCCUGUUUGACUGCAGCAUUGCGGAAAACAUCCGAUACGGAGACAACCUCCGCGAACUCAGCAUGGACCAGGUCAUCGCUGCUGCCAAGAAAGCCCAGCUCCACGAUUUCGUCAUGUCUCUGCCCGAGAAAUACGAGACGAACGUGGGCUCUCAGGGCUCUCAGCUGUCGCGCGGACAGAAACAGCGCAUCGCUAUAGCCAGAGCCAUCAUACGAGACCCCAAAAUCCUCCUGCUGGACGAGGCCACCUCCGCCCUGGACACAGAGAGUGAGAAGACGGUCCAGGAGGCGCUGGACAAAGCCAGAGAGGGCCGUACCUGCAUCGUCAUAGCCCACCGCCUCUCCACCAUCCAGAACUCUGACAUCAUCGCUGUGAUGUCACGCGGUUACGUCAUCGAGAAGGGAACGCACGACUAUUUAAUGGGCCUUAAAGGAGCCUACUACAAACUGGUCACGACCGGAGCUCCCAUCAGUUAAUCGAUCCCGGCCGUUCGACCGCGGGGGACAAACCAGACGCGGGCAAAACGCGCACGUUUAACCGAGUUUUUAUUGUUCUCGCCUUUUUUUUUUUUUUCCGACGCGUUUCAGGACACGCUGAAUCUACCCUUUGUGAAUGAGGAACGACCUGCCCCUUCAAACCGCAGAACUGAGAGAGAAUGUUCCGGAACUGCGGUGCUGUUGGGACUGAUAAAAUGAUGGUCGUGGUUGAAGAGUUGUGUGCUGAACCAACGGUCUGCUCUUAAAACGGAUCGCGACCGCAGAGCGAGAAAAGCCAGGGGACAAAAAAAAAAAAAAAAA